AUGUCUCACCUGUUCUUGAUUCACCUCCUAGGAGUCUGGCUGCUGGUGAGCUAUGCUUCCACAGCUGCCUCACCAGAGUGGUGGGAACAGGUUGUUCAGCUGUGUGGUCGCCCACUAGUCCGGGAACUGAUCAAAGUUUGUGGCCAGGUGGUCUGGAGAAGGCCUGUGAGACAGCCCCAUCGGAGAUCUGCAGAUAUCAUGCCAUCCUACCUCAAUGAAGAUGCAGGUGCCUUCAAUAUGAUGUUGGGAUUCAUUCCUAAUUUGCCACAGCAGCUGAGGGCAACACCAUGUGAGAGGCAGCCAUCCUCACUAGAGCUACAACAACAUGAACCUGCAGUAGAGGAUUCAAAGCCUAGUCCUGAAGAGUUGAAGGAUAUUGCUCAGAAUAGACAAGGGGAAGCAGAAGACAAUAUCCCUUCAGAAUUAGAACACUUAGGCUUGAAUACUCAUUCCCGAAAAAAGCGACAGAUCAAUGAGGCACUGACUGAGAAAUGUUGCCUACAUGAAUGUACCAGAAGAUCUAUGGUUAGAUUUUGCUAA